AUGGAGGUUCCAACAGAUGCCAAGAGGUACCCGCAGAUGCGAUUGUCCACUUUAUCACUUUAUGGCUCGAGACAGGCGGCCGAGUCCACUCGGGUGAGUCUCCUCAACCCGUCCGCAGCACCCGCCGCGACCGUCAUUGAGGCGACUUUGCCUCCGUCACAUGACUGGGGAUGGCUUGGAAAUAGCGUUCACCGCGUAUGGCAAACACCAUUUCCGAAUCCUGCUGAUCUGCUUGGCGUAUCAAAAUUGGCCGUGCUGCAGUAG